AUGGCCCCUAAAACAACUCUGCCUGUUGGCUCGCUAAUCCUCGUGACUGGAGUCUCUGGAUACAUUAGCGCUCAAAUCGUUCAGCAACUACUUGAUAGAGGCUAUAAAGUCCGAGGAACUGUCAGAGACCCGGUGAAGUCGGAAUGGCUCUCGAACGACCUGUUUGCAACGCACACGGCAAGUGGCAGUUUUCACCUAGUCGGUCUUAAAGACAUCAAUGACGAAGGCCAAGUCAAGGCAGCGGUUAAGGGUGUUGAUGGUGUAAUUCACGUCGCAACGCCAAACACUCUGGAUCCCAACCCAAAUAAUGUCAUUCCGGAGACCAUCGAUCUCGUUAUUAAACUAGCUAGGGCCGCUGCUGCCGAGAAAUCCGUCAAAGAGUUCGUUUAUACCUCGACUAUUGCCGCCACGUCAAUGCUACCUUUUCAGCCUGGUUUCCAUUUUGAUGGCACCAAUUGGAAUGAAGCUGUUCGCGACAUUGCUUGGGCGCCUCCUCCAUACACUCCUGAACGUGGCUUUCCUGUCUACAUCCAGAGCAAAGUAGAAGCUGAGCAGGCGUUUUGGAAGUUUGUUGAAGAAGAAAACCCUAGCUUCGCCAGCAACACCAUUAUAGUGGCAACUGUUUUUGGCCCUCGAUUGCAUGUCAGUCAGGGCGGAUCUACUACUGCGUGGCUCUUCGGGCUUGCCAAUAAUGAUCCCUCCGCAUUGCAAUUUUUCCCCACGUCCAUCUUCGUUGAUGUUCGCGAUGUAGCCCUACUCCACAUCGCAGCUCUCCUAGACCCCACUAUCAAGAACGCUCGUCUUCCAGCCUGGUCUACCGAAUUCUACUGGGAGGAUGUACUAGAUAUUCUAAGAAAGCAUCAGCCAGGGAAACCAUUCCCCGCGAACCCUGAUAUCACCAAAGUUCCUCUAGGAACUGCAGACACAAAGCAAGCGAAGAAAGCACUGCAAGAAUGGGGCGGACAGGACGACUUUAUUUCGCUGGAAAAGGGCGUGAUUGACACUUUGAAGGGAGCACCUUUGCCCUAG